UUGUAAUUUACUGAAAUGUUGGUCAAAUUAAGUCAAGCUACGCACUCAGCCCUCUUUCGGCGAAAUAAAGUGCCAUACCCCAACUGGAAAUAAAAUAUUUGACAGAGCUUAGUGGAGACGCCAUAGCCAUGCACCAUGUCCUCCCUAGUCAUUUUUUACUUCGUCCAAUUGCUCUCUCUCUCUCUCUCAUUUCUUUUCUCUCCCAGACAAUACAAUUCGGUUGCUCCUUCACUACCCAUUCUCCAAAAUCUCCCAGAGCUGCUCCAUACUCCAGUUGCCUCCUGACCGGCUUCGAUGGAGGUUUGGAACACGGUGGGGCAGGCGGCCAUCGGAUGGCUGGUGGAGAGCGUCCUCGGGUCACUGUUCACGGACAAGCUGAGCUCCUGGUUGAGGCGAGUUAAUCUUGACGACAAUGUCGAGGAGCUCGUGUCGGAGAUGAGGAACGUCGCCGUGGUGCUCGAGGCCGCCAAGGGGAUGAAGGUCGGCGAUCAGAAUGAGCCGAUGGCUGGGUCUCUUCUCCAUCUGAAAGACCUGCUGUACGACGCGGAUGACGUGCUGGACAAGCUCGACUACUGUCGUCUUCAAGAACAGAUCAUAAAAGGCAACAGCGAGGAUGUUACAUCUACACCUACUUCAUCUUUCUUUUCUAUUAACAGAUGGUUCACCGUCACCGGCUGGAAAAGGAAAAGAGAAGAAAACCACACACUCCUUGAUAAUAAGCGCCAGUUUUCUGCAACGAUAAAAUAAAUUGCUGGAAAACUACGAGAUGCUCGUGGUGAUGUCAGCAAGGGUCUCAAGAUAAACGGAUUAAAGUCUCCUGAAGCUUCAAAUCUGAGUCAUCGGAGUACAGCCCGGGCCACAAAUUCAACAACAACGUCUUAUGUUCUUGAGCCCAUAGUGUAUGGGAGGGCAACAGAGAUUGAAUCUAUCAAAAAUCUGAUCAUGAGCAAUAGAUCCGAUGGCAUGAUCGUCCUGCCAAUUGUAGGCAAUGGAGGGAUAGGGAAAACCACUCUGGCCCAGCAAAUCUAUAAGGAUUCGGAAAUUAGAAAGUCUGCAAUCAAGAUAUGGAUCCAUGUAUCUGAUAAGUUUGACUUGCACAAGGUGACGAGGGAGAUUUUGGAGUGUGUCUCCAAGAAGAAGCAAAAAGAAACAAGCAACUUUAAUGUUGAGUUAUGUAUGUGUUGGCCCAUGAGGCCCAUAUACUACUCAUAUGUACAUGUAUAUAGCAGAGUUAGAGAAAUGAAAAAAGUAGUGAAGCUUCUAGAGAAAAAUUCCCAAAACUUCAUGGUAUCAGAGCCAAUCGGCUGGCGGCUGGCGACGGGCGACGGCUAAACCCUAGCCUCGCCGGAGCUUGUCGAGGCGUGCAGAGAGGUGCUGAGGGAGCUGCGCUGGCAGAGCUGCGCGUGUACGCGGCGCAGGAGCGCGUGGAGCUCCAGGUGAGGAGGGAAACGCUGGUGCUGGAGCUCCCGGCGAGGACGCAGCGGCGUCAACGGUGGCAGGCAGAGUCAACGGCGGCCGCGCGCGGAGGGAGCUGCUGGUUGUGAGGACGGCACUGCUGGUGCUGGUGUGAGGAUUUGGUGAGCUGCUAUUGCUGUUCUGUUGCUGAGGCAGAGAAGAUCGAGCUGAGGAUUUGGUAGUGUGCUGUUGCUGCUGAAAGGAAAAGGGGAACACAAAUUUGGUAAGUGUGUUGUUGCUGUUGCUGUUGAGCGAGCAGAGGAAUUGUUUGCCGGUUGUGCUAUUGGUGUGGCUUGUGUGUGCUGCGGCAAGGAGGUGAGCUUGUGAGUAUUGUACUGCUGUGUGUGGUUGAGAAAGGAAGAAAAAGAAGGGAGUAUUGCUGCUGGAUCUGUUGGUGGUGUCGUGUGUGCUGAAGAUUACAGGUGCAGAGAGCAAUAGCAGGUGAGGAAAGCUGUAGCUAGCUUCAUCUAGAAGGGAAGAAGCGGCUUUGGUGUUGGAAAUUAAUUAUUGUCAAGAAGUAAGGCAACAGGUUGUGCAAGGUGAAUGUGAAGUUAGUGCUUCAGAUUGGCAGGCAACCAACCAAAAUUCGUGUGUGCGAGAACACAGUCCAAGCCUCGGCAGUCACAGAGAGGGAGAGGGGUGCUGCUGUGUCGAGUUCCCUGAUCAGGAGGAAAGAAAACCAGGGGACGUUGUCUUCAAGGUGUUAGAAUAGAGUGAGUUUGUAAAAAAAAAAAAAA